GCCGACUCGGGGGCGAACAUCCAACAGGGGACGUGCCACUCAAGGCAAACCAUCUGAUUACGAAGGCUGCUGUGACUUGAUCCAUAUAUUGAAUUGAAUCCUCUUCCACCGGACCCCAGUGACCUGCAAUAUUUAUUACAUGUGCGAGCUGCAUGGGAGGACACACUGCAGCUGCAACAGUACCAUAGCCGAGCUGUCGAGCUCCCCCAGCUCACAGUCAGUCGCCCGCUCGUUGCACCUUCACCCAACCCGCCGUGUGCAGGGACGCAGCGACUGCAUACGUCUUGUCUUGCGUGGCCACCACGCCGAUAAACCAACAACACUAUGGCGUCAAGCGAGCAGAGGGAGCUCGAGCUCGUCGACAAGGUCAACCUGCGCAUCCUCAACGUCGCAAACGACGCCCCCAAACUCACCCAGCUGCUGAAGCCCUACCUCCCGGCCCUGCUGCUCAAGGCCGGCAGCGAGCACGCCUCGGUCCGCUCAAAGGUCGUCACCAUCUGCCAGCGCCUCAAGGUCUUCAUCAAAUCACCCGACGUCGUCCUGCCCGUCGCCGCCCUGCUGGACCAGUACAUCGCCAGCAGCAAUCCCGUCAUCAGGCAGCUCGACAUCACCUUCAUCCAGCACAGCAUAGAGAGGAUCAGCGCCGACGAGAGGAGGAACCUCGUGCCCACCAUCUUGAACGGCAUCCAUGCAACAACACACACCACCCCAGCCAGGUUCAACAUGUUCCUGCACGCCCUCAAGGACAUUAACAUCCCACCCAGGGGCAGCAAGGAGGAUGAGGCGUUCCGACAACAGGUCGGCCUGACGGACGGCAAGGACGCCGAGUUCGUCGCGACAUGGCUGGGCAAGCUCCUGCUGACUCCCAGCCCGCACAAGAAGCCCCCAGGCCUGACCGACGAGGACAUGGCCUUCCUCACCCUGGCCAAGCCCGACGAGCCCAAGCCAGAGGGGACGCUGGUGGCGGACUGGCCCGGCACCAUGAUCAAGGCUGCCAGGCUGCUCGAGAGCGGUGCCUUCACAGACGAGGAGCGCUUCAUGCCCGCCCUGUAUGCUGCCGCCAGCAACGACUACCGCAUCAACUCGGUCGGCAACGCCAUGUUGAUGAGGAACCAGGUGUCGCUGGAGGACGAAGGGAGGGCGAGGUUACUCUUCGAGUCGCACUCUCGGCUGCCGCCUACGUAUCGAAUCCGCAUCCUCGGCCUGCUGUCAAAGUCGGCACUGUCGACCACCUUCACCCGCGACAUCCUCAAUGUCGUGCGCAGGGACAUCAAGCCCACGGACGAGGCUGUGGAUGGGCUGCAGCUGACCAAGCUGCACAAGGCCCUCUUCGAGUACAUCAACUGGGUUGCGCGCAUCGGCCCGGGCAAAGGCAAAUUCGACAUCGGCCCCACGUUGAUCGAGUUACUGCGAGGUUUCAUCACAGAGGAGCAAGGGUGGCCCAAGCCCAGCCAAGAGAGGCGGUCCUUGGACCCGCUUGACGACAGGAACUUGCGAGCGAGGGCAUAUGAGACCAUUGGGGUACUGGCAAGGGGCUCGUCUAUGGAGCAGGCCAGCCUGCUUGAACUGGUCGCCUGGCUGUUCCGCUCGCUCUCCGAGGAUCCGACACCCGAGGUUGUCGUCACAAUCGAAGGCGCUCUGUCUGUCAUGACCUCCGUUUUCAAACCCAGCGGUGGAGAGGUCGAUAGGUUACGGACUAUAAUCCUGACAUAUAUGACACUUGCCGACGGCGGGGACUCGGUCAGGAGUGUACGGCAUGCAGCCACAAAAUGGGCAAACCAGUGCCUCGCCUUCUCAGACCCCAUAGCGAGAUGGGUUGAUAUCCUGGCUAUCAACGGACGCACCGAGGAAAGGAUGGAAGUCAUCGAGGAGGGCCGCAAGGGCCUGGACCCCUGGACAUACAGGGUCAACGAUGCGACGGUCACGGGGGAUCUUCCAGACUGGCAGCAGCUGGUCCAGACCUUCUUCAAGGACUCGAUUGGAUAUGGCGCUUCUGCCAUGAUGUCAUAUGGGCCUUCAAUCAGCCAGAACUUUGUCGACCUCGCUCCAGGCGCUUUCCCAACUGCCGUUACCUACUGCAAGCGUAUGCUCUUCCUCGCGGCGCUAAAGGACGAGUUCAACAUCGAGCCGGGCUGGGAGCAGCAGCUGGACACCCUUAUCAAGUCUGACAAACAGACGAGGGAGUCCAUCCGCAAAUACCUGGGAAGCCUAAGCGGUCAUGUCCUGGAAUCCUUCUUGGAGGCUGCCCUCGAGGGCAUCCAGGAGGACAAGCCCACCACGGAGGAAUGUGCGCGCAGCUUUGUGGAGGUUGCAUCUCUAGCGCCCAAGUCGGAGCUGACUCCGCUGAUCAUUGAAGGCAUCCCCAGGCUUCUGGCCGUGGUCACCUCAAACAAGAAGGAGGUUCGCAGUCUGGCCGCAAGGGCUCUUGGCAUCCUGGCCGCACACCCAUCGGUGCCCUCCUCGCUGUUCAAUGUCAUCAGCCACGUCCUACGCCAGCAAUCUCAAUCGUGGCGGACUGCCGUUGGUGCUGAGAUGAACGCCGCGCAGGGAGCAUUUGUUGCGCUGGGCCACUUGUGGUCUCGGGCGGUGUAUUACCCACAUCCCAUUCUUGCUGCGGACAGCAAUGGUGAGGAUUCCCCCAUCGAUGGAGAAGCCUUGCUGCACGAACUGAGAAACAAAUACCUCAAAGGGAACGACCCACCACCCACGGCGCAACCUACGGCAGAGGAGUGGCUGCCUCCUGUUGCAGAGCUGGGAGGCGCUCAGGUGUCUUUCCAAGAAGUGAUAUUUGAUACACUCACACAGUUGUGGACAGCCUUGGUCGUGCCCGAGGAAUCUUCCGUCACGCCAUACAUCGACGUGUUGGUACCGCAGUGCAAGAAGGGCAACGAGCGGGCCAUCACCGCCCUCGGUCGCCUGGCGCUUGGUCUCAAGGAGGGCGAUUCCGCGCUCGAUACCGUCCUCUCGAAACUGUACGAGCUUCACGAGCUCAAACAACCCGAGGUCCACUUCGCCAUCGGCGAGGCCAUCACAGCUGCUAUUGCGCGCUGGGACUCAGAUAUCGUUCAACUCGCUGUGGAUGUGGAGUCAAAGACCGACAAUUACCGGGUUGAGAAGCGAGCAGAUAAGGUUAAGGAGGUGCUGGACAAGAUCCUCAAUGAUUGCAAAGCCACCAAGCCAUCUCUGCUGAAAGCCUCAGGCAUCUGGCUGUUUUCCAUCAUUCAGCACUGCUCCCACCUUCCCGAGAUCCAGGCCCGCCUGCGCGAGUGUCAGGUCGCGUUCAUGCGCCUGCUUAGCGCCCGCGACGAGCUCGUUCAGGAGACCGCGUCAAGAGGUUUGUCUUUGGUCUAUGAAAAGGGCGAUCCUUCACUCAAGGAGAGCCUCGUCAAGGAUCUCGUCGGCGCCUUCACGGGGACUGGCACGCAGCUCAAGGUGGAGGAGGAUACCGAGCUGUUCGAGGCCGGCGCACUGCCUACGGGCGAGGGCAAAUCUGUCACUUCGUACAGGGACAUCAUGAACCUGGCCAAUGAAGUCGGUGACCAGAGUCUUGUCUAUAAGUUCAUGUCGCUCGCGUCCAACGCAGCAACGUGGUCGACCCGCUCGGCAUUCGGGCGGUUCGGGCUGAGCAACAUCCUCUCCGAAUCCGAGGUCGACCCGAAGCUUUACCCCAAGCUCUUCCGUUACAGGUUCGACCCGAACACGAACGUGCAGCGGUCCAUGAACGAUAUCUGGAAGGCGCUGGUCAAGGAUUCGAACGCCGUCAUCGAGGAGCACUUUGACGCUAUUAUCAACGACUUGCUCAAGAGCAUCCACGGCAAGGAGUGGAGGGUCCGGCAGGCCAGUUGCUCCGCCAUAGCUGAUCUUAUCAGCGGCCGACCAUUCCAGAAGUAUGAGAAAUACUACGGCGAGAUCUGGACCAAGGCUCUCAAGGUGCUUGAUGACGUGAAAGCCACCGUUCGCAACGAGGCGCUGAAGCUGUGUAUGGGCAUGGCAAACACUCUGACUCGGCAGCUUGAGGAGGGCGGUGCGAAGGCUUCUGCCAGGGACAUGAUGAGUUCCACGCUCCCUUUCCUGCUAUCUGACAAGGGAAUCGAGAGUAACGUGAACGAGGUCAAGGGUUUCGCUAUUGACACUGUCAUCAAGGUCACCAAGACCGGUGGCGCUUCAUUGAAGCCGUAUAUUGCGACCAUUGUGACGCACUUGCUGGGACUGCUGAGUACUAUCGAGCCAGACGCAAUCAACUACUACUAUCAGCGCUUCGGUGAGGACGACCGCGAGAAGAUCGACAAGAUCCGCAGUCAGAUGGUCAACCAGAGCCCGAUUUCCCAGGCCAUCGAGAACUGCCUGCGCAAUGUUGACGAGAGCGUCAUGCCCGACCUCGCUUCAGGCCUCGAAGAAACGAUCAAGACCGCUCUGGGCAUGCCUACCAAGGUCGGAUGUGCGAGGCUCCUGGGAACACUGGCGACCCGACACACAAAUGACUUCCGGCCAUAUGCAGAUCGCUUCCUACGGCUGCUGGAGAAGCAGUGCCUCGACCGCAACGACGAGGUCAGCCAAGGGUACGCCAAGGCAGCAGCGUACAUCAUGCGGCACGCCCCGCCGCAGGCGAGAGAGCGCUUCAUCUCCAAGUUCGAGGCGCUCUACUUUGGCGCCGAGGACGAGGCGCGGCGGCAAAAGGUGGCGGACGUGGUGCUCUCGCUGUCCAAGAUCAGCCCGGACCACUUCAACGCGCUCGAGGGCAGCCUGCUCCCCUUCAGCUACCUGGGGAUGCACGACCUGGACGAGUACGUGGCCAAGGCGUUCCGGGAGGUGUGGGACACGCACGCGGGCAGCAGCCGCACGGCGACGCGGUUCGUGCCCGAGGUCGAGGCGCUCGUGGCGCGCGCGCUGGACACGCCGCAGUGGAGCCUCAAGCACGGCGGCGCGCUGGCGGUCGCGAGCGCCGUGAGCGCCGUGGCUGCCGUCGCGGGGGACCACCUGCCCGCGGGCCCUUCUGCUUCUUCCUCGCCGCCGCCGCCCAGCACCAGCACGGCCGGCGUGCCGCAGCUCGCCAGGCUCUGGCCGGCGUUCGACCGCGCCCUGGCGCUCAAGACGUUCGCGGGGAAAGAGAAGCUCCUCGAGGCGCUGGCGGACCUCGCGACCAAGGGGCGCGCCUUCUGGGAGGGGGACGCGGGGGUGGCGGCGCAGCUGCGCAAGGUCGUGCUGCGCGAGGCGCGGCGCAACAAUGAUGCGUACCGCGUGCACGCGUUCCGGUGCCUGUGGCGGUGCUGCGCGGCGGUGUCGUCGGCGGCGGGGCAGGACGGCGGCGGGGAGAUGGUGCUGUGGGAGGAGGCGGUCGGCGUCGUGCGGCCGUUUCUGGAGGGGUAUCUUGCCGGUGACGACGACGGCAAGGGGGAGCGGAUGGAUGUUGACGGUGGGGAUGGGAAGGGUGGGACUGCGGCGGCGCGGGAGAGGGAGGCGCUCGCGUACGCGACCGUGCUGCGGGCCGUGGAGGUCGUCGCGCGGGGGUACGGCCGCCCCCUGCUGCGGCGGCGGCCUGUGUUUGUGUGUGGGCGGGUCCUGGACGUCCUGGGGCCGUUCUUUGAUGCCCCCGGGGGCCGGUUUGGGUCCGUGCGGAGGGAGGUGUGGUACAAGGCCGCUGGGGACAUGAUGAGGGAUGCUGCUGGUGGGGAUGGGGAUGGGGAUGUGGCCUCGGGGAGGGAGGAGGAGGAGGAGGCAGGGGAUGGUGGUGAUGUUGCCAGGCGGUGCUUUGACAGCCUUGACGUCGACGAGCCUGACCUUGGGGUCGAGACGCAGCGGGUCGCGCGGGCGGAGGCUGUCCUUGCGCUUGUCCGGGCUGUGAAGAAGGGGGUGUUUGGGAGGGGCUUGGCUGCUGCGGAGGAUGGCCCUGGGGGGGUUGUUGGGGCUAUGAGGGGGGUUAUUACCGAGGCUCGCGCGGCGGAGAGGAGUGUUGAUGUCAGGAGGGUUAUGGACGAGGCGUUGGCUGAGCUUUGA